CCAGGGAAUUCCCCAGACGCUUUUAGCGCAUCGGCACCGAUGCGCUAAAAUUUCAGAACAAGAAAUCCCGAUGCGCUUAAAAUUAUCAUAGCGCUUAAAAAAACGACCGAUAUUCCUUUCUAGUGCGUCUAAAAGUUACCCCAAUUAGCCAAAUAAACAAGCCGAUAUACAUGUCCUGUGUAGAUAAUUACCCGAGGCGUAUACACAACCCGAUACACUGAUUGCCUUGAGACUGUGUGACGUCACAGACACCUGUCAUCGAUGUCUGCAGACGACUGUUGGUGCACUUUUAGGUAUUGUCAAUUACAGUGUAUUGAGAUGGGUGCAAUUUAACCGCGGCAUGUGUGAUAUUUACAUGUUUCAGGUAGGUGUUAUAACUUUUCUUGUUUUGAUAGUAUAAUUGGCAUUAAUUGACAUGCGAUAUAACAGUUUGAUAUUUAGGGAUGAAUGGGUUAAUUGUCUUGAUAUAAGUUUAAUGUUCAAUUUCAUCUUUCACUUUCUUACGAUCAUUAAGUCUAAUCAGUACUCUAGAAUUAAGAUUUCAAAAACAACAUGAAUAAGGGAAAAAAGAGGCCAGCGCCUAGUUCACUAUCAAUUAAGAGUUUUUUUAUGAGCAAUGUCGUUGAAACUGUCUCAAAUUCUGAUAAUGACCAAGUGACAAGUUCAAGUGAAACUGUACAACGUGCAAAGAAACAAAGACUGUCUGGGUUUGAUCCUAAGUGGAAAAAUGAUUUUCCGUGGGUUAAAGAAGUUGAAGAUGGUAUGAUGUGUACCCUGUGCAUACGACAUCAGAAAAGACCGAAGAAAGCAGCCUUUGGAAAUGCAACAUGGGUUGACAAGCCAUGUACAUGGCUGGUAAAGGAUGCCCUUCGCAGACAUGAACGCUCAGACUCACACGAUGAGGCAAGGGCAUUUGAAGCUGGUAGACUUGCUCCAAGCAACAACGUUGAAGCUGCAGUAGAAGAGGCCAACAGUCUACACACCAAGGCUCGUGUCUCCGCCUUCCGAAACCUCUACUGGCUGAUGAAAAGGGAGAUGCCUCACACCACGAACUAUUUGCCGCUAAAUGAACUAUGCAAACUUCAGGGGGCCAACAUUUUGAAUAAUCUACACCAGGGCGAAAAUAACAAGGGUGAAUCUCAGAGGUUCAUACAAGAAGCUGUCCUCACAAUGGGUAACCUAAUCCGACAGUCCAUCCUGGAUGAUGUAAAGGUAUCACCAUGGUACUCCAUUAUGAUAGAUGAAACUACCGACAUUACUGUUGUCAGCGAGAUGAUUAUUUAUAUCAGAUAUCUAAAGGAUGGGGUUAGCAAGACAGACUUUAUAGGCAUCCUCCCUCUCCCUGACGGAAAAGCUGAUACUAUCACUGAGACACUAGUGACGUUCCUCACAGAAGACCUGGGUCUCCAACUUGAAAAGAUGUGUGCCUUGGGAAGUGAUGGUGCGAAGGUGAUGGUCGGAAGACAGAAUGGUGUGGCUGCCCAAUUGAGACGAAGAGUCCCCCACCUAGUCAACAACCACUGUGUAGCCCACAGACUGGCUUUAGCUGUUGGACAGGCAGCCAAAGGAGUGCCUUAUCUUCAGAAGUUCAAAGACAUUAUUGGUGAUCUUCAUCGUUUUUAAGAGAAGAGUGUUGUCCGCACCAGCGGAUUGAAAGCUAUUCAGGAACUUCUCCAGGACCCCAAGUUGAAGUUAGUGGAGGCAAAAGAUGUCAGAUGGUUGUCUCAUGACAAGGCCACUACAACUCUACGGAAGUGCCUGCCAUCCAUUUACACUAGCCUUGAGCGUGAGGCCGAGGAACGC